CUCUUAAGUGAGCUGCCAUUGUUUUAAGAAGAGGCUUUCUUGGCUGGCACAGGUUGCUUCAUCCCAAAGUGAUCCGUUUCUUGAGAGCGUUCGGUGGACUUCCAACUCAACAAUCAUGACGAACACCUGGAAAGCGCUGAUCAUCCUGAGUGCCACGAUCGUAGCAGCACACAGUCUGACCUGUAGGUCCUGCUUCAUCGGUACAUUUUCUACAUGCUUCUUUCCCACCGAGGUCAAUUGUGACAACGCAACGUCAAGCUGCUUCAGAGGAGAAGCACAGUUCAAUGCCACUGGAUCCCUCUCUCUGCACACCCGCGGCUGCAUUGACUCAGACGUGUGCAACGUGACCAUAACGGGCUCCAUCCUGGGUGCCGGCUACACCAGCAGCUUCACCUGCUGCGGCACAGACCUGUGUAACGGAGCCACGUCCGUCCAGGUCUCCCUGACCGCGGCCCUCUGUGCAGCCAUCCUGUCCUCUCUGUGGGGCUUCGGGGAGUUUUAGCCGUUCGUGGCCGAAUCCCUCUUUCCCAGGCAGACCUCAGAGGUUUCUGAUCAACACGGCCUUGUCUUCAUUCAUGUGUCCCACCGACUCACACUGGAACAAAUAAUGUCAGUGAAGCUGUCAGCAUCACACAUCAAUCUGUUUUCUGUUUUAUUUCUGUGUGAAUUGAAGCUAUCUUAAUAAAUGUCAUAUUCACCACCUGA